AUGACCAGCAAAACAUUUGAAGCCAACAAUACUGAUAAUGGAGAUGGUCAGUCAAAUCACCUUAACUUAUUCAAUUCGAGGCCGCAACCGAAAAAGAAGCGAAAAUCAAGAACAGCGUUCACAAAUCACCAGAUCUUCGAACUGGAGAAACGUUUCCUCUAUCAGAAGUAUUUAUCACCUGCUGAUAGAGACGAAAUAGCUAGCUCUCUUGGUCUAUCCAACGCUCAAGUCAUAACGUGGUUCCAAAACCGACGAGCUAAAUUGAAACGAGACAUGGAGGAGUUAAAAAAGGACGUGGAGAGUGCUAAAGUACUAUCCGCGCAUAAAACCUUUUUGGAGAACGUGACGGAUUUGGGUAUACUGAAGAAGAAAGCAAUGAGUAUAGGUGCAAGCGAGGAGGCCGCGACCAAUCUUGUCGUGAACGCAUCCAAAUGAAACGAGGCAGCGCGCUCGAUCGCGCCCGACAGCUACGAUCGAAGCGUGCUCGAUUUUUAAAUCGAUAUAGACUAUAAAGUGAUCGUGAAUCGAUACCCAAAGACUAAAACGAGUGAUCGAUUUUCAAAUAAACUCGAGUGACGUUAUAACUUUAAAAGUUUAUAGAUACUGGCUGAAAACGAACAAUUAAAAGUGUAAAUUUAGUAUAUAGUCACGUAUUACGUUAAAACUUUUACCUGAAAUUAUCUAUCAAGUGAAUUUUAAUGAUGAAUAUUUAAGAUUUUCAAAGUAAAUAGUGACAUUAGAUGUUUUUAUCUUCACUAGUUUAGCGUCGUACUUCACUAUUUAAAACGUUAUAAAUAACUAUUUGUGAGCGUCGAAACGUUAACGCUAUAGAAAUGUUUCGCAUCAGUGCAUUGUAAAUAAUAUAUUGUACAAAAAA